AUCUAAAUGUUGUCACAUUGAUGAUGUACAAAAAUUACCUGAGGGUUUAUAGUCAAUUAGUUUUAAUUGUUCAGUAAUUGUUAUGUUACUUUUGGUAAGUAAAUUGUUUCCGAUUAAGUUAAUUGUUUGCACUUUGAUUGUUUCCUCACUUUUUCAAUCAAUUUGUAACCAUGAAAGGCCCAAUAUUUUACUGAUAAUUGUUGAUGAUUUGGGUUGGGAUGAUUUAAGUUACACUGGUAAUGAUUUUAUAUCAACACCAAAUAUUGAUACACUCGCAAAGGAAGGGGUUAAAUUGUCCAAUUAUUAUGUUCAGCCGAUCUGUUCACCGUCAAGGUCAUCAUUACUUUCGGGCUACCAUCCAAUUCAAACGGGAAUGCAACAUAGUGUAAUCGCCGGCGAUGAGCCAUGGGGAUUAUCUGAACAGUUUCAGAUUUUACCACAAUAUUUGAAAUCGUUAAAUUAUUCAACUCAUCUGAUCGGUAAAUGGCAUCAAGGGUUUUGCUCAAAGAAAAUGAUUCCAAUUGAACGAGGUUUCGAUUCAUAUAUCGGCUUCCUCUCAGGGGCAACCGAUUAUUAUGAUAGGAUUACCCGAUCAAAUUCAAAAUGGGGACUCGAUUGGUACCAAAAUGAGACUCGAGCUGCAGAUCAAUUCAUUGGUCAACAUUCAACUGAAAUUUUCACCUCACAAGCAAUCAAAUUAAUCGAAUCAUAUUCUAAUUCCAAUGACCCUUGGUUCAUUGAGAUCUCAUAUCAAGCAGUUCACAUCGGGAAUUCACCAAAACUGUACCAAGUUCCCGUCGAUUAUUUUAAUCGUUAUUCUUACAUAAAUGAUAUCAAUUUAAGAUCUUACGUUGCCCUCUUAUCCUCACUCGAUGAUUCAAUUGGUAAAAUUUUCAAUUCUCUUCAUCGUUAUGGUCAAUCAAAUUCAACACUAAUCAUUUUCACCUCCGACAAUGGUGCACCAACGGGCACCCUUAAUGAUAAACACACUAAUUUAGGUGUUGGAUCUAAUCAACCACUUCGAGGAUCUAAAUAUACCCUUUGGGAAGGUGGGAUUAAAGGAUUAUCUUGGGUUUGGGCUAAUUGGUUGAAAUCAAAGGGAACAAUUUAUUCAGGAUUAUCUCAUAUAAGUGAUUGGUUACCAACAAUUUACUCAUUCGCUGGUGGAAAUUCAUCAAAUUUACCUGGAAAUCUCUAUGGUAUCAAUUUAAGGUAUGAAUUGGAAGGUAAUUACAAUAAACAAUCAGCAAAUAAUGAGACGAAAAUGAAUUAUUAUUCACUUCGAAAUGAAUUGUUACAUAAUAUUGAUGAUAUUUGGAAAGUUUUCUCAAUCAGAAUUGGUGAUUAUAAGAUCGUCUCAGGUUCAGUUUUAGAUGGGAAAUUUGAUGAUUGGGUGGUUCGAAAUUUCACCAAUCAUAUCGGUAAGAAUAAUCAUCAGUUAGUUAAUUAUAAAUCAUCGUCAUUAAAGUUACCAUCAACAUCGUCGUCAUGGUUAACCUUGAAUCAAUCUUUAUACGAACUAGAUGAAAGAUCAAUUGAAAGACCAUUUAAUUUACUGAGAAUCAGUUGCAACAAUCAAACGAGAAAUAAUUGUCAACCUUUGAGAGAACCUUGUUUGUUUAAUAUUGUUCAAGAUCCAUGUGAAUAUAACAAUAUUGCAUCAAACAAUAAACUAAUUGUCAAUCAAAUGAUAAAUCGUAUAAAUGAAUUACGACAAAUCGCAAUUAAACCAGUAAAUAAACCUAGUGAUCCAAAAGCAGCACCAAUUUAUCAUGGUGGUUAUUGGACUUGGUGGUUAUCAUGAGGCAGAAUUGACUUUUCUGACAAAAAUAAAUCAAUUGGUGACAAUCAUAAUCAUAAUCAACACCAAUCGUUUUAAUUGUUUUGUCACUCAACAAGUUAAGGUGAUUUACAUUCAUAUGUAAUUCAACUCGUGUAUCAAACCAAUCAAAUAAAAUCAAUCAACACAUUGUUUCAGUGA